AGGGAGGGAGAGAGAGAGAGAGAGAGAAAGAAAGAGAGAGAGAGGGAGGGCUGGAAGUCAUGGUACUCCUGUCAGUGCCCUCAGAAAAUUACAUUUUUAAAGAACUCCAGGAAAGGCUACGCCCUAUUUUCCCAGUAACCCAAACCGCGUGAGUUUCCAAGUAAGUUCUUUUUGUUGUCUACCCUGUUUCUCUUCUCUUGAAAUUUAAACUCUGAGCGCUGAAGAUAAAGGGGAGAAGGAGGCAGAGGCCUGGCUCUCCCGAUAGCGACUAAGCAACGGGUAGCUAAGGAUCUCCGUCUUGCCGUAAAUGGGGAAACCCGCGCCCCCAAGAGGCCUUAACGCCCACAGCAGCUCGACCCCGCCGCUGGUAUCACGUGAUGGUGCGGCGCGGCGGGUAGACUACAACUCCCACUGUGCCGCGCGGCACGCCGGCGUUACAAAGCUCUCGCUCAUUGGUCGCUGGAGAUAUUUGAAAGGGGGGGCUGGCGCGGAAAACGAAGGUUGAGUCUUGGGUUUUUGCAGAGCUCUUCUUCUGGCAAGUAAGUCCUGGACCUGGUGGGGAGGCGACCUCUGGGGCGAUAAAGCCCAGAGGAACUCGUGAACGUGUGUACGUGCCAAGCCCUCCAACGCCAUGAGGAGCUUCAAAGGAAUCAACUUUGGGACCUUGCUAAGCAGCGUGAAGGAAGCUGAAGAGUUGCUGCCUGACUUGAAGGAGUUCCUGUCCAAGCUUCCAGCUGGUUCAUCCAGCUGCCGAUCUGAUGCCGAGAGGAGACAAGCUUGUGAUGCCAUCUUGAGGGCUUGCAACCAGCAGCUGACUGCCAAGCUGGCUUGCCCUAGGCACCUGGAGAGCCUGCUGGAACUGGCGGAGCUGGCUUACAAUGGCUACUUGAUGUCUACCCCCCAGCGCCCACCCCUGUACCUGGAACGAAUUCUCUUCAUCUUUUUGCGGAACAUUGCCACACAGGGAAUCCCAGAGGCCACACUCCGAUUCACAAAACCCCUUCAUGCCUGUUUGGUGCAUUGCUCUCGCCAAACUGCUCCCCAGGACUAUGAUGCUGUGGUGCGAGGCAGCUUUUCUCUGCUUUGGAAGGCAGCAGAAACCCUGGAGGAGCGGCGAGCUGCAUUAUCAACUCGGCUGAAGGCCUUGAGCUUUCUUGUACUCUUGGAGGAUGAAAGUACCCCUUGUGAGGUUCCCCACUUUGCUUCUCCAACAGCCUGUCGAGUGGUAGCUGCCCAUCAGCUAUUUGAUGCCACUGGGCACAGUCUGAAUGAAGCCGAUGCUGAUUUCCUAGAUGACCUGCUCUCCAGGCAUGUGAUCAAAGUUUUGGUGGGUGAGGGAGGGGGUUCUCCUGGUCCUCUUUCUCCCCACAGGGCCCUCUGUCUCUUGGAACUCACCCUGGAACGUUGCCGUCGCCUCUGCUGGAGUGGCCACCAUGCCAAGGCCACGAGAGUAGUGGAGAAGACCCAUGAUUACCUAAGGAACACCAGUCUGGCCCCCAGCCUCCAGUUAUGCCAACUUGGAGUUGAACUGCUACAGGCUGGGGAGGGAGGAUCCCAGGCACUGGCCGAGCUUCUGAUCAAGGCAUCAGCUGUCCUGAACAGCAGUGUGGAGGCACCAUCACCCCCAUUGCGGGCAUUAUGUGACAGCUGCCAGUUCUUCCUCUCAGGACUGGAGCGAGGCAUCAAGAGACGCUAUGGACUGGAUGCUGUUCUGGGCCUCUUUGCUUUUCUUGGCGGGUACUGCUCUCUCAUCUGGCAGCUGCAGGAUGGUGUCUGUGGGGAUUCCUCCAAGCAGCAGCAGUCUCUAGUUCAGAUGCACUUUCAGGGACUUCACCUCUACACUGUGGUGGUUUAUGACUUUGCGCAAAGCUGUCAGGUAGCUGAUUUGGCUGACCUGGCCCAGCUGGUGGAAAGUUGCAAAUCUACUGUGGUCUGGAUGCUGGAGGCCUUACAGAGCCUGUCAGGCCAAGAGCUGACUGACUACCUGGGCAUGACUGCCUCUUACACCAGUAACUUGGCCUACAGCUUCUAUAGUCACAAGCUGUAUGCCGAGGCCUGUGCCAUCUCUGAGCCCCUCUGUCAGCACCUGGGGUUGGUGAAGCCGGACACCUAUCCUGAGGUGCCUCCUGAGAAGUUGCACAGGUGCUUCCGGCUGCAUGGAGAGAGUUUGAAGAAACUGGGUAAACAGGCCCAGGGUUGUGAGAUGGUGACUUUGUGGCUGACAGCCCUGCAGCCCUGUGGCCCCCAACACAUGGCUGAGCCUGUCACCUUCUGGGUUCGGAUCAAGAUGGAUGCAGCCAGAGCAGGAGACAAGGAGCUACAGCUGAGGACUCUGCGAGACAGCCUGAGUGGCUGGGACCCAGAGACCCUGGUCUUCCUGCUGAGGGAGGAGCUGCAGGCCUAUAAGGCUGUGCGAGCGGACACAGGGCAGGAACGGUUCAACGUCAUCUGUGACCUGCUGGAGCUGAGCCCUGAGGAGACACCGGCUGGGGCCUGGGCUCGAGCCACCCACCUGGUGGAACUGGCUCAGGUGCUCUGCUACCAUGACUUUGCCCAGCAGACCAACUGCUCUGCCCUGGAUGCUAUCCAGGAAGCCCUACAGCUUCUGGAGUCUGUGAGGCCUGAGACCCAGGCCAAGGAUCGGCUUCUGGAUGAUAAAGCACAGGCCCUCCUAUGGUUCUACAUUUGUACCCUGGAGACCAAAAUGCAGGAAGGUAUCGAGCGGGAUCGGAGAGCCCAGGCCCCUAAUAACCUGGAGGAAUUUGAAGUCAAUGACCUGAACUAUGAAGAUAAACUCCAAGAAGAUCGUUUCCUAUACAGUAACAUUGCCUUCAACCUGGCUGCAGAUGCUGCUCAGUCCAAAUGCCUGGACCAAGCACUGGCCCUUUGGAAGGAGGUGCUUACAAAGGCACAAGCCCCCGCUGUACGGUGUCUCCAGCAGACAGCAGCCUCACUGCAGACCCUAGCAGCCCUCUAUCAGCUGGCAGCAAAGCCCCUGCAGGCUCUGGAGGUCCUCCUGCUCGUACGGAUCGUCUCCCAGAGACUGGAGGACCACGCGAAGGCAGCCGGCUCCUCCUGCCACGCCAGCCAGCUGCUUCUGAUGCUCGGCUGUCCCAGCUACGCCCAGCUAUACCUGGAAGAGGCAGACUCAAGCCUGAAGCUUCUGGAUCACAAUACUGACACGUACCUGCUCCUUUCGCUGACCUGUAACCUACUUCGAAGUCAACUCUACUGUGUUCACCAGAAGGUGACUGAGGGUGCCUCUCUGUUGCUGUCUGUGCUUCGGGACCCUGCCCUCCAGAGAUCAUCCAAGGCCUGGUACUUGCUGCGUGUCCAGGCCUUGCAGGUGGUGGCAUCGUACCUCAGCCUCUCAUCAGACAGCCUCUCAGCCUCCCUGCGGGAGCAGCUCUGUGCCCAAGGCUGGCAGACGCCUGAGAUUGCACUCGUCGACUCCCAUAAGCUCCUCCGAAGCAUUAUCCUCCUGCUCCUGGGCAGUGACGUGCUCUCGAUUCAGAAGGCGGCUGUGGAGACCCCAUUUCUGGACUAUGGUGAAAAUCUGGUACAAAAAUGGCAGGUUCUGACAGAGGUGCUGAGCUGCUCAGAGAAGCUGGUCUCCCGCCUGGGCCAUCUGGGUUGUGUGAGCGAAGCCAAGGCCUUUUGCUUGGAUGCCCUGAAACUUACGACGAAACUGCAGCUACCACACCAGUGUGCCCUGUUCCUGGUGCUGAAGGCGGAGCUGGAGCUGGCACGCACUGACAUUGACCUCUGUGAGUCGGACCUGCAGCAGGUUCUGUUCUUACUGGAGUCUUGCACAGAGUUUGGCGGGCUAGCCCAGCACCUGGACUCCGUGAAGAAAGUCCACCUGCAGAAGGGCAAGCAGCAGACCCGGGUCCAUCGUCCUCCAGAGCUCCCUGAAGAGGAGCCCUUCCUAAGAGGGCCUGCCCUGGAGCUGGUAGCCACUGUGGCCAAGGAGCCAGGUCCUGUGGCACCUUCUACUAACUCCUCCCCUGUCCUGAAAGUGAAGCCCCAGCCCAGCCCCGGCUUCCUAACCCACCUGCCCACGUGUGACUGCUUGCUCUGUGCCAGCCCCGUGCUCUCGGCAGUCUGUCUGCGCUGGGCAUUGGUCACAGCGGGGGUGAGGCUGGCUUUGGGCCAUCAGGCCCAGGGUCUGGAUCUGCUGCAGGUCGUGCUAAAGGGUUGCCCUGCAGCCACUGAGCGCCUCACCCAAGCUCUACAAACUACCCUGAAUCACAAAGCACCUCCCUCCCCUGUCCCGAGCCUCUUGGAUGAGAUCUUGGCUCAGGCCUACACACAGCUGGCACUGGAGGGGCUGAGCCGGCCAUCACACAAGAGUCUGGGGAAGGUCCUGGAGUCGGGGCUGAAGUUUGUGGCAGCACGAGUACCCCACCUGGAGCCCUGGCGAGCCAGCCUGCUCUUGAUUCGGGCCCUUGCAAAGCUGGCCGGCCUCAACUGCUGCACUACCCAACUUUUUGCAAGCUCCUGGGGCUGGCAGCCACCAUCAGUAAAACCCUCCCCAGGCUCAGAGCCCUCUAAGCCGCGAAGCCAAAAACUUUCUGGAAGGGGGCGUCAGCGGGCAGCCUCAUCUACCCAGCCCCUCCAUAAUACCUCUCUGAAAAGUCUGGAAGGUGGAGGACUGCCCUGUACACCGAAGCCUCCAGGCCAGGUCAGGCCAGCAGGCACUCGAGUCCCUUUUACUGUGUUUGAGGAAGUUCUCCCUACAAAGAGCAAGCCUGAGGUUCCCAAGGCCCCUAGAGUACAACAGAGGGUCCAGACGCGCCUCAAGGUGAACUUCAGUGAUGACAGUGAUUUGGAAGACCCUGUCUCAAUUGAGGCACAGCCUGCAGAGGGGCCCAAGAGACGGGGCACUGCUUCCCGGGGCCGGGGCCGGGGCCAGGCCAGGAAGAACCCGAGCCUGAAGACAGUUGCAGUGGCAGCCUCAAGUAGUGCCCCUGGGCUCCCAGGCCUGGGUGGUAGGAGCCGGAGGGCCAAGAAGGUGACAUCAGGACACUGUGAGGAGCUGGGCUCUGAGAUCAUGAGGACCAUCCCUGAGGAGGAAAUGACUGAAAACCAGAUGGAAAUGAGCUUUGAGAUCCUCAGGGGCUCUGACGGGGAAGACUCAGCCUCAGGUGGGAAGGCACCAGCUCCAGGACCUGAUACAGCCAUAGGAGAAUGUGAAGUGUUGAGACGUGAUUCCAGUAAAGAGGAGCUGCCGGUCCCAUGCCCAGACAAGGAGAGAGACAAGGGUCUUGGUCCUCGGCUCCGACUCUCCUCUGCCCCUGUAGCCAUUGGUCUCUCUACCCUGGAUUCCAUCUGUGACUUAUUGACCAUUGCUUUCCGUGGGGUUAGUCAUUGCCCUCCUAGUGGACUUUAUGCUUACCUCUGCCGCCUCCUGGCUUUGUGCUUGGGCCACCGGGAUCCCUAUGCCACAGCCUGCCUUGUCACUGAGUCUGUGUCCAUCACCUGUCGCCACCAGCUGCUCACCCACCUCCACAGGCAGCUCAGCAAGGCCCAGAAGCACCGGGGAUCACUCGAAAUGGCAGACCAGGUGCAGAGGCUGAGCCUGCAGGACAGGCCUGGAGAUGUCCCCCUGGCCCGCAUCCAGCACCUCUUUUCCUUCAGGGCUUCAGGAUCUGGUCAAUUCCCUGAGCCUGAGAAGGAGAGUUUCCAGGAGCGCCUGGCUCUGAUCCCCAGCGGGGUGACUGUGUGUGUGUUAGCUCUGGCCACGCUUCAGCCUGGAACCGUGGGCAACACCCUCUUGCUGACCCGGCUGGAAAAAGACAAUCCCCCAGUCACUGUGCAGAUCCCCACCGCCCAGAGCAAGCUUCCUCUGAGUUCGGCCCUGAAAGAGUUUGACACCAUCCAGAAGGAACAGAAAGAGAACAGCAGCUGUACUGACAAGCGAGAAUGGUGGACAGGACGGCUAGAACUGGACCAUAGGAUGGAGGCUCUCAUCAUUUCCCUAGAGAAGCAUGUAUUGGGCUGCUGGAGGGGACUGUUGCUGCCAUCCAGUGAGGACCCUGGCCCUGCCCAGGAGGCCUCCCGCCUACAAAAGUUGCUGCAGGAAUGUGGCUGGGAAUAUCCUGAUGCAGCUCUGCUGAAAACCAUGCUCAGUAGUGCCAGUACCCUCACCCCUCAGGACAUUGAGACCUUGGCCUAUGGGCUGUGCCCAGCCCGGCCAGAACGAGCCCAAGAGCUUCUGAGUGAGGCAGUACGACGUCUUCAGGGUCAGACAGUACCAAGCAAUAGGCAUCUUGUCUUAGUGCUAGACAAGGACCUGCAAAAGCUGCCAUGGGAGAGCAUCCCCAGUCUCCGGGCACUGCCUGUCACUCGGCUGCCCUCCUUCCACUUCUUACUCAGCUAUUCCAUCAUCAGAGAGUCAGGGGCCUCGGCAGUGCUAAGCCAAGGGGUGGAUCCACGCAAUACCUUCUACGUCCUGAACCCUCACAAUAACCUGUCAAGCACAGAGGAGCAAUUUCGAGCCAAUUUUAGCAGUGAAGCUGGCUGGAAAGGGGUGGUUGGGGAGGUGCCGAGCCCAGAACAAGUGCAAGCAGCCUUGACAGAGCAUGACUUAUAUAUCUAUGCAGGGCACGGGGCGGGUGCCCGCUUCCUGGAUGGACAGGCCGUCCUGCGGCUCGGCUGCCGGGCAGUGGCCCUGCUGUUUGGCUGCAGCAGCGCAGCCCUGGCUGUGCAUGGAAACCUGGAGGGGGCUGGCAUCGUGCUCAAGUAUAUCAUGGCUGGCUGUCCCCUGUUUCUGGGUAACCUCUGGGAUGUGACUGACCGUGACAUUGACCGCUACACGGAGGCUCUGCUGCAGGGUUGGCUUGGAGCAGGCCCAGGAGCCCCUCUUCUCUACUAUGUCAACCAGGCGCGCCAGGCUCCCCGACUCAAGUAUCUUAUUGGGGCUGCACCUGUGGCAUAUGGCUUGCCUGUCUCCCUGCGGUGAUCCCUUGGAGCUGUCCUAUCACAGAUAGAAGCCAUGUGACUGUUCUACCUCCUGUUCUUAGAUUUAACCCUUAGGAUAAAUAUUUUAAAUGACUUUUCCAGUGUUUUAUAUGAAAUAUUUCGUUUUUAUUUAACCUUAAUAUAAUAAAGAUGUAACAUUUAAA